AUGGCUGCUGGUAAUGGUAAUGGGGGUUUCUUUUCAAACUUACCUAUUCUUGAUGGAAAUAAUUAUGAUCAUUGGGUCAUAAGAAUGGAGGCCAUUCUUGGUUAUCAAGAAUUGUGGGAGGUUGUCACGGAGGGUGCUAAGGAGAAGGACGAAGCCGCAAACAAGAAGAAAGAUUGCAAGGCUCGAUGUCUCUUGCAUCAAUGCGUAGAUCCAGUGAAUUUUGAAAAGAUUGCCAAGGCCAAGACAGCAAAAGAAGGUUGGGAAAUCCUACAGAGGGCUCACGGUGGUGCUGAAAAAAUCAAGAAAAUUAAGAGCUGUGGGGAGGCUAUCACAGAGAUCAGUGUGGUGGAAAAGAGUGGCAGAGAUUUGAAGACUUCGUCAAUAGAGGAGUUGCAGGCCACAUUAGAAGCACAUGAGAUGAAGCGUUCAGUAAGAAGUUCAGAGAAAAAGGGUGAAGAACAGGCUUUAAAAGCCCAGAUCAGCAAGAACAAAGGUUUUGGCAGGGGCAAAUGGAAAAGUAAUAGAGGUGGUGGCAGAUUUGGUAGAGGUGCUCAUUCCUCAGUCCAAGAAUCAGGUUCUGGUGAGCAAUCAGAACAGAAAGUGCAGGGUGGACGUGGAUCUUGGAGUAACAGAGGAAAAGGAGGAAGAAAGAAUGUUGACAUGAAAACAAUUCAGUGUUAUAAUUGUGAAAAAUGGGGCCAUUAUGCAGCAGAUUGUUGGCAUGGAAGAGGGAAGCAGAAAUAG